GCGCGCGAGCGCGCACGGCCAGCCUCAGCGCGCCGGGGUUGGCUGCGGCGGGGACCGUGGCGGCGGCGGCGGCCUCAACAGCGGUAGUGGCUUCUACUUGGCUUUUUUAGUUUCCUCCGCCCCCUCCCGUCGGACGCUGUUGUGCGGUUGCCUUGAAAAAACCAACUUUAUUGUUCCUCAGCCCCACCUCCCGGCGCGGCGGCGUCCUCAGGAUGCACUGAGGUGGAAAGGAGGGGAGGCGGCGGAGGGUCGCGGUCGCGGUCCCUCUCCUCCGAGCGCCCGGCCGGAGGGGAGGGAGUCACGAUGUCUGGUAGCCGCCAGGCCGGGUCCGGCUCCUCUGGGACGAGCCCUGGCUCUUCGGCGGCCUCCUCGGUGACUUCCGCCUCCUCGUCCUUAUCCUCUUCGCCGUCGCCCCCUUCCGUGGCGGCCUCGACGCCGGUGCUGGUGUCCAGCGGGGCUGCCCAGGCCGCGGCCUCGGGCAGCGUCGGGGGCCCGGCGCGGCCUGUGUUGGUGGCGGCUGCCGUGUCGGGCAGCGGCGGCGGGAGCGGCGGCGGGGCGGUGUCCGCGGGCCUGUCCCGGCUCAGCUGCGCGGCCAGGCCCAGCGCCAGCGUAGGAGGGAGCAGCUCCAGUCUAGGCAGCGGCAGCAGGAAGCGACCUCUGCUCGCCCCCCUCUGCAACGGGCUUAUCAACUCCUAUGAGGACAAAAGCAACGACUUCGUAUGCCCCAUCUGCUUUGAUAUGAUUGAGGAAGCAUACAUGACAAAAUGUGGCCACAGUUUUUGCUACAAGUGUAUUCAUCAGAGUUUGGAGGACAAUAAUAGAUGUCCCAAGUGUAACUAUGUUGUGGACAAUAUUGACCAUCUGUAUCCUAAUUUCUUGGUGAAUGAGCUCAUUCUAAAACAGAAGCAAAGAUUUGAGGAAAAGAGGUUCAAAUUGGACCACUCAGUGAGUAGCACCAAUGGCCAUAGGUGGCAAAUAUUUCAAGAUUUGUUGGGAACUGACCAAGAUAACCUUGAUCUGGCCAAUGUCAACCUCAUGUUAGAGUUACUAGUGCAGAAGAAGAAACAACUGGAAGCAGAAUCACAUGCUGCCCAACUACAGAUUCUUAUGGAAUUCCUCAAGGUUGCAAGAAGAAAUAAGAGAGAGCAAUUGGAACAGAUCCAGAAGGAGCUAAGUGUUUUGGAAGAGGAUAUUAAAAGAGUUGAAGAAAUGAGUGGCUUAUACUCUCCUGUCAGUGAGGAUAGCACAGUGCCUCAAUUUGAAGCUCCUUCUCCAUCACACAGUAGUAUUAUUGAUUCCACAGAAUACAGCCAACCUCCAGGUUUCAGUGGCAGUUCUCAGACAAAGAAACAGCCUUGGUAUAACAGCACAUUAGCCUCAAGACGAAAACGACUCACUGCUCAUUUUGAAGACUUAGAGCAAUGUUACUUUUCUACAAGGAUGUCUCGUAUCUCAGAUGAUAGCCGAACUGCAAGCCAGUUGGAUGAAUUUCAGGAAUGCUUGUCUAAGUUUACUCGAUAUAAUUCAGUACGACCUUUGGCUACAUUGUCAUAUGCUAGUGAUCUCUAUAAUGGCUCCAGCAUAGUCUCCAGUAUUGAAUUUGACAGGGAUUGUGACUAUUUUGCAAUUGCUGGAGUUACAAAAAAGAUUAAAGUCUAUGAAUAUGGCACAGUCAUCCAGGAUGCAGUGGAUAUUCAUUACCCUGAGAAUGAAAUGACCUGCAAUUCCAAAAUCAGCUGUAUCAGUUGGAGUAGUUACCAUAAGAACCUGUUAGCUAGCAGUGAUUAUGAAGGCACUGUUAUUCUAUGGGAUGGAUUCACAGGACAGAGGUCAAAGGUCUAUCAGGAGCAUGAGAAGAGAUGCUGGAGUGUUGACUUUAAUUUGAUGGAUCCUAAACUCUUGGCUUCAGGUUCUGAUGAUGCUAAAGUGAAGCUGUGGUCUACAAACCUAGACAACUCAGUGGCAAGCAUUGAGGCUAAAGCUAAUGUGUGCUGUGUCAAAUUCAGUCCCUCUUCCAGAUAUCAUUUGGCUUUUGGCUGUGCAGAUCACUGUGUCCACUACUAUGAUCUUCGUAACACUAAACAACCAAUCAUGGUAUUCAAAGGACACCGAAAAGCGGUCUCUUAUGCAAAGUUUGUGAGUGGUGAGGAAAUUGUCUCUGCCUCAACAGACAGCCAACUAAAACUAUGGAACGUAGGGAAACCGUACUGUCUCCGUUCCUUCAAGGGUCAUAUCAAUGAAAAAAACUUCGUAGGCCUUGCUUCCAAUGGAGAUUAUAUAGCUUGUGGAAGUGAGAAUAAUUCCCUCUACCUGUACUAUAAAGGACUUUCUAAGACUUUGCUAACUUUUAAGUUUGAUACAGUCAAAAGUGUUUUGGACAAAGACCGAAAAGAAGAUGAUACAAAUGAAUUUGUUAGUGCUGUGUGCUGGAGGGCACUGCCAGAUGGGGAGUCCAAUGUGCUGAUUGCUGCUAACAGUCAGGGUACAAUUAAGGUGCUAGAGUUGGUUUGAAGGUUUAUUCAAGUCAAAUUAUACUUGAUCCUGCUGAAAUACAUCUGCAGCUGACAAUGAGGGAAGAUAAAGAAACAGUCAUGUGAUGUCUCUCCCCAAAGUCAUCAUGGGUUUUGGAUUUGUUUUUAAGUAUUUUUUCUUUUUUUCCUCUUUUAUGACCUUUGGGACAUUGGGAAUACCCAGCAAACUCUCCGCCAUCAAUGUAACUCCACAGACUUUGCUGCUGUUGAUGGUGUGGUUAUCUAAUUUUUGUGAUAGGGAAACAAAUUCUUUUGAAUAAAAGUAAAUAACAAAAAAUAAUAAAAGUUUAUUGAGCCACA